AUGGUAGCCUACGCUCCUUACCUCGCUGCUACAGCAUCUUUGUCAUCUGUUUACCACGCAGUUACCCCUUCUGCGUUCCGCUCCGCGCCUAUCUGCCAUGUAGUCACAGCGACAGUGACUGAAUAUGCCACUGCACGGCCCACUACCAACGCUCAUGGACAUGGCGGACCAUACUAUAAUCCUUACAACGACGUACCCCUUCCAUUCGAGUGGCCGGGAAAACCAUCGCAUGGGGAGGAAUACCCUCCUCCUCGACCUUCGAUUCCAUAUCAAUAUGGAGGGCCUGCUAAAGAUGCGUAUGAUGAGCCAUGCUGGAUCCCAAAGGGUACUGGGCAGCUCAAGCCUUCGCUACCAAAUGUUGAACAGUGUGGCAACUCACAAUGGGGACUAAUUGACUCACCUCAUCUUCCGGUCAACGGCCUCCCCGGUAGUAUUUCUGAUAGCGCCUACACAUCGAAUUCUACAAAGCUUCCAUCCACAUUUCCGCCUUAUCCUACGGUAUCUGGCCAUCCAAACAACCAUACCAACGCCACAGGCUUCGAGUCUAUCAGGCAAUCCUCCACCAGGACUCUUGGAUCCGUUGUUACCGCAAGUGCUGCCAGCACACCGACGGCAGAUCCCCUGUGUCCUACCAUGCCGGACACUGGCGUGACAAGGACCUACGAUCUUCAUGUAGCUUAUCAGACCAUUGCUCCGGACGGUGUUACCAGGAAUGGUUUGACUGUAAAUGGCCAAUUCCCUGGCCCUCUCAUCGAGGCCAACUGGGGCGAUUGGAUCUUGUGGAGAGUCACAAAUGACCUGACCGAUGAAGGUACUACACUUCACGCCCAUGGCCUCCUUCAGACCGAGACAUCCUGGUAUGAUGGUGUUCCUGCUAUUUCUCAGUGUCCAAUUUCGCCCAACGGUGGAUACUACGAGAUGCUUUUCCGGGCCGAUCGUUAUGGCACAUCUUGGUAUCACAGUCACUACAGUGCUCAGUAUUCUGGUGGUGCUCACGGCCCUAUGGUCAUCCAUGGACCAAAGCAUGAAGAGUAUGACAUCGACGUAGGACCUAUCAUCCUUGAGGAUUGGUUCCACGCCGACUACUAUUCUCUUGUUGAGGGUACCAUGAAUGGCCUAUUCCCGCCUUCAAACAACAACCUGAUCAAUGGAAGAAUGAACUAUCCUUGUGCAAACACAACGCUACCUUGCACUCCCAAUGCAGGUACCUCCAAGUUCAAGUUCGAGUCUGGAAAAAAGCAUCUACUACGUCUUAUUAAUAUGGGUGCAGAGGGCAACCAGAAGUUUAGCAUCGAUGGGCACCAGCUGAAGGUCAUUGCCGUCGACUACAUUCCGGUUGAACCGUACAUGACGAACGUUGUUACUCUCGCUGUUGGUCAGCGUACUGACGUUGUGGUCGAAGCUAUCGGCAAGCCCAGUGAUACGUUCUGGAUGCGCUCUCAGCUCGCCCAAGGAUUCCGCUGCACUCUGACUGACGGCAUCUCGCCAAACGCCCUUGCGGCAGUUUACUACGAGGAUGCCGAUACCAACGCCAUUCCUCAGACAAGCUCUGAUGUCACCCAGGCUCAGCUUGAGCAGUGCAAGAAUGACCCUAUUACGUCCGCCAUUCCGCUCUGCAAGAUCCCUUUGGAAGAACCUGAUCAUGUCGAGCGCGUAGACUUCGAUUUCCGCUCCAAUGGCACAAACUUCAUCUGGUACCUCAACAACAGCACAUAUCAUGGGAACUACAACGAGCCCACACUCCUGAAAGCGAAGCGUAACGAGUCAGACUUCGAUCCCGAAUGGAACGUGUACCAGUUUCCUGGUGCAAAGAACGUCCGGAUUCAUCUUGUCAACCACGGUCUUAUUGGUGGCCACCCUAUGCAUCUCCACGGCCACGACUACCACAUUCUUGCGGAAGGCUUUGGUGAAUGGGAUGGUGUCGUCACAAAUCCGGAGAACACGCUGCGUCGCGACGUUCACCAGAUGCAGAAUGCGCGCAAUGUCACCGGAACAGUUGAGCCCUCGUACCUAGUUCUACAGUUCACUCAAGACAAUCCCGGCGCCUGGCCUUUGCAUUGUCAUCUGGCGUGGCAUGUUAGCGGUGGGCUUUUCAUGCAGAUUUUGGAGAGGCCGGAGGACAUCCAGAAGCAGGCCUUUGAAGACGAGCAAUUUGAGCUCUGCGAUACCUGGGAUGCCUACACAGCUGGAGUUGUUCUUAACCAGAUCGAUUCCGGCUUGUAG